AUGUACGCCAAACUACCACCCGGUUACAUCACAAAAUCAUCGAUCUAUUGCAUCGGCGGUGGAUUGCUCGGCUUCGGGGCUAUUGAGCUUCUCUUCGGUGGCGAGGUCUUCUACGAUAAGGGGUUAAUGCCGCUGGUGCACCGGCUCAGCGACGGCGAGACCGCACAUCGAUGGGCCAUCAAAGCGUGCAAGCUUGGGCUUUUGCCCCGAUUUGGCCCGAACCAUUGGGAAUAUCCGGAGCUGGAGUGUGAGUUUGCCGGUCAGAAAUUGAAGAACCCAAUCGGGCUGGCUGCAGGUUUUGACAAGGACGGUGAUGCGAUCCUCCCACUAGCCAACAGCGGAUUCGGCAUGAUCGAAAUUGGUUCAAUCACGCCGCUUCCUCAACCCGGAAACCCGCAGCCACGCGUUUUUCGGCUCGAGGAAGAUCGGGCUGUAAUAAAUCGCUACGGGUUCAACAGCGAAGGCGUUGGGAAGGUGCAAGUGCGUGUUAAGGCUGCACGCGCCGCCCCAUGGUCCCCCGGGAUGGCCGUCUUCGGCGUCAACCUCGGCAAGAAUAAGAUGACUUCGGAUGAAAAUUGCAAACUCGACUACGAGGUCGGCGUCAAUCAUUUUGCGAUGAAUUCCGACUACCUGGUCGUCAACGUGUCUUCGCCGAAUACCCCAGGGCUUCGCUCGAUGCAAGGGAGAAAACCGUUGGAACAACUUCUCGCCUACGUGAAGCGCGCGGUGGAUAUGCACAAACUGCCGAAUCCGCCGAAGAUCUUCCUCAAGAUAGCCCCCGACUUGGUCGACGCCGAGCUGGCAGAUAUCGCAAAGGUUGUCAUGGAUCCGAAAUUUGGCGUGGCUGGGCUCAUCAUUUCAAAUACCACAAUCAGCAGACCAGACUCACUGCAAAGUUCGGAGAAAGAUCAAACCGGCGGUCUUUCCGGCGUGCCACUGAAGGAGUUGAGCACGAACUGCAUCCGGAAAAUGUAUAAG